AUGCAUUUCUUCUCGACUAGGCUCUUCAACACGACGGACGACAUCGAGAACUGGUGUGCCGAGGAAAUCGGCCAGUUGGAUGCCAUUAUGGGUCCCGCCUCCGUCGAUAAGUAUUUUUACUCCGGCGAGAGGGUCAAAGGCGAGAGUUUCUCAAGCUUCAUUGCCGGGAAGGAGGAAGGUUGGGACUCCCUGGUUCAUUUGCCAGGACCAGGUUACUCCCCUGGUCAGCACUUCCACCUGCUAGCAGAUGGCGGAUGGCAAGAGUUGUUCUCUGUUGGCGAAGGACGCCGCAGGUACUUUAAGCAAGAUAUAGCGACUCAAUUGCAAUGCAGGCAUGACGAGCUCUCUCUUCUGCGCACAAACCCUGCUGUCACUGACUCCUACUUUUGGGGACACAUUUGUGGUGCGGUUACUGUAGCCACUACACAGCUUGCUACGGUUCCAGUUCCGCCUGCUCGUCAGACCAGCCGAAGCGUCGCAGUUGUAGUGGACUGUCGCCGGAUUCACCGCGGCUUCAAAUGGCUUCUCUCAGACUGUGGUGUCAUCGCUCUCGCUCGUCUGGAGAACUUGUGUGGCGUGGAGCCGCCUGUCGGAUACAGUCUGCACGUUCAUGGCGCGCCGGUUGAACAUCACUCUGGCGCCCCUUGUUUUCGGGUCAGUUCCGGCCAGCUGUUUGUUGCUGAGUUCGUUAAGGAUGCCCUCCUGUCUGCUAGUGCUGACGUGAGCAUGGGCCCUGAGGUCAAUUUACCCUUGCCUGUUCACCAUGAUGCCGCUCGUGUGCCUGGAGCCAGCUCCGAUGGUCGCAACCGCAGUCGAUCCCCCCGAUCUACUCCUCGUGAACACGUGCAACAUGCUGGCCACACAGUGAUGCUGUCCCCUGACCUUAUGUCCGGCACUGCUCAUGAGCCUGAAUCCGAAGCUCCCCCGACUUCUGUUGCUUUGGAUGAUAGACAGCCAGACCGGACUAGGUAUGCUUCGGAUGAUGCAGACCAGGCGAGCACUCCUACAGGUGCCGGGGCCUCGCCUGUUCUGGCCAGUUUCGGGGUCUUGUCCCCGGAUUAUGCAGUCGAGACUGUGACGGUCCUGUUGAGCUUCCCUUUGUCUGUGGCUGAUGCCUUAGCUGCUGUCGCUCAUGCGCGUUCUCCAACUUCGCAGGCUGCCUUUCCCGUCUUGGUGCCUGCAUUUCUGCAGCCGGAUGCCAGGUGGGGUACCCUUGUUGCGCUGCCUAGCUGGGCGCAUCAAGGGAACUUCGUCUGUGCGGACGCAUAUGACUUACAGCAGAGGAUAUAUUGCUUCCCCGCGCCCAGUGAGAUGUCUGGCGCUGCGCUUUCAGAAGCCCUUGGGCUCACUGUUGAGGAGCCCGGCGAUAUUUUCGUCAAUGGGCAAGGACCGAUCCUAUCUCACGAGGAAGCCUUCCUCGCCACGGGAGCCUGUAUUCAAGUCGUUCGUCGCGGCACACGGCCCACUUCCCAUGUCCUCCAGGAUAUGCUGCAACAGCCGUCCUCCUGGGCUGCCCCUCCUGCCUUUCCGGUUGAAGGGAUCAGGGACCGCAUCUGCCUGGUGACUGCCUCUGGCACCAGUGUCUACAGAAUGAGCCCUGGCGGAAUCGAGCGUCAACGUCGUGAGCUUGCCCAGGUUGUUGGAUGCCCUCCUGCGGAGCUCUUCCUUCGUCCUGGCACAACUCGGGGUUGUGAUGCUGCAGUCAUAGGACACCCCUGUCAUUCAGUCGUCGCGGCCCUGGCGAUAGGCCAACUGCCUCUUGACGUCAAUCCAGUUGUUUGCCUCAUGGACUGUCGGCGGGUGCUCCAAGGGUGGACCCCUUUGCUUUCCAGAGAUGGAUGGAUUGACACUUACCCGCUCCUUGAGUAUCUUCGGCAGGAUUUGCCUCAGACUGUCCAUGUUGUUAUCCAGGGGGUUCCCCGCGAUCAGCAAUGGAUUCGCACACAAUCCGGACAAGUCCUGGUUGUUGUUGCAUUGUCAGAUACGCAACUGGCGGCUGGUGCUGGCCCCUUGUUUGUCGCCACCCCCGAAUCUUCUCCUCCUGACCCGGAUCAGGAUGAUGAUCGGCUCCACUGGCAGCGCUUCAACCCCUUGCGGGCUGCUCACGGUCUUACCAGUGAUACUGGGGGAGCACCUGUACCUGAUACGCGUCAAUGCCAUGCCCUCUCUAUGGAUCGGGUUUCUGUGCACGAUGACGAGACGAUGUGUAUGUGGACUCAGGCCUUUGAUGAUACACGUGCCGAUCUUGCUGGCAAGCCUCUGUGCACCUCUGCUUUCCGUCCCGCUUCUCCUCGGAGCCUGGCGCGUAUCCUAUCCCCCUCCGGUGUUCCUGAUCGGCAUGUCUCUCUUUCGCAGCCCGGUGCUCAUCAACCAGUUUUUGCCACGGCUCCCCCGUCCGGCGCUGGAUCUGGUUGCUUUCCUUCUGCCACGGCCUUUGGUCUUGUGUGUGCUGGCUUGGUUAGCCCAACACGUGCCUGUACUAUCGGAGGCCUCUCGGCUGCGAAUGCAGAUACCACUUGGCUUCCCCCUGCACACGGUGUUGCCGUUGCAGCUUGGUGUGUUAGCUUCUUCGCUGUCUGCUGCCUCCUCUGGCGUUUUGUCGGGAUCCUGCAAUAUAAGUUGCUGUGUGAGCCGACUUCUACUUCAUUACAUGCGGACGCUGCCCUCCGGGCUGCCCGGACUGGCACUCUUCGACUUGGGCUUCCCUGGCCUUUCACAAUUCAGCGUCUGGAAUCUGCAGAUCCGGCAGACGAUGCCAGCUCAUCGUCCCAGGAGGAAAGCGAAGAGGUAUGUCUUGACAUCUCCUGUAUUAUACUUGCACCCUGCUACGAGCCGGAACGGGUUACCUUCGAGACUCCCAUCCCUGCCACUGUUGCGCAGGUGGCACACAUGGCGCAACAGUGUCGUGCUGGCCCAGCCUGCGUCCUUCUUCCUAGGUUGCUUCCCGUCUGGCCACAGCCUGAUCCACGGUGGGCGGUUUUCCUAGCACUCCCGACUUGGCAACCACCGCAGCCUGUGGUUUGUUUCGACAUGUAUACCGUCGAUGGCCGUAUGUUUGCGCAGGUCACUCAGUCCCCUCUCUGCCGCCGUAUUCUCCUGGAGCUUGCUGGGCUUCCCCUUCCCAGCUCGGUGAGAAUCUACAAGGACAAUCACCUCGAGCCUGUCGCCCCGGAGGAUUGGUUUGAGGUACGCAGUGGGGCUUGUUUCUCUUUCGUGCCUUUGGGAGUUCGCCAAGACCCUCUUUUCUCUGCAGGCAUGUUGGAAUCUCACCUGUCGUGGGACGCACCUCCCGCCUUUCCGCGUGCCGCUGUCGAAGACUGUUACUGUUUGGUUGACGGUAAUUCCAGCUGCCUUUUUACGCUCCACCCUGCGCGCGCCCCCUUUUAUCGGGCGGACAUUGGCAAUCUUCUGGAUAUUUCACCCACUCGGUUGACUCUGGCCCCUGCUGACCCACGCCCUGGCGAUGUGUGGCAUUCCGGUUUCCCCUGCCGCACGGCCAUUGCUGCAUACCGGACCGCUGCCGAGCCCUCGUGCCCCUUCCUUCUGGACUGUCGUUCCUUUAUGCGAGGAUGGCAGUGUCAUGCCGUUGCUGCAGGGAUUUUAGGGGUGACCUGGGUUGAGGCUAAUCUAGGACUACCCGCGCGAGGUUAUGCUUAUCACUAUGCGCCGGCGCCCUCAAGUGCGCGAGUUUGGCACCUACGCCCUGGACAGGUGAUCCAGAUUUACCUUCUCCCGCUACGGGGCUCGGAUGUCUCUCUCCACCCCACGCAGGCUACUGUGCCUGUCUCAGGGCCCCUCGUUGAUGGAGCUGGUGAUGCGCACCCCUCGAAUGUCUCUGCUCAUGUCCUCUCGGCCAAUUCCAAUGAUCAAGAUGACGGCCAGAGAAGGAGUUCGGACAAUGGGGGUAAUGAUGAUUCUGUACCAAGUGCUGCUGCUCCUGCAGCUUCUGGUAGCUUGCUGCUUACCGCUGUUCAUGGCAUUCAACCAGCAGACGGCCCUCCUUCCCGCAAUGCUCACAAGCUUCGUGGCGGAUGGGCGCAGUCUUCAGCAUGGCUCUUCGCUAGCCUUGUCAGUAUCCUCAGUACCCCUGGCACUGCCAUGUUGACUUCCUCAGAGGCUGAACAGGUGCCCAGGCUUCCUGCUCCCAGUUCUGCAGGUGACACAUUCAUGCGGGAAGUUGGCUCCUCUGCCUGUGCUCUAUGCCCCGUGUCAGUUGCACAUAAUGCCAACCCGGUCCAAGUCAAUCCUAUUCGCCUCCUUCCCACACCGUGUCGGGCUUCUGCUGGCCGACCAGCUGUGUCUGGUGCGUAUGACUUUCUAACCCUGCUUGAUGAAAGUGCUCGUGCUUCUGAUCACUGGGCCUUUCUUGCGGCUACGUUGCUCGAUACCCUUACUGAGCACUUCUGUCAUGUUUCUCUUGACAAGGCUCAGACCGGCCUGGUGACAACGCCGAAGCCCACUCUGCAGCUCGAUGUCCUGAUCCCUGAGAUGCAUGCUCCGAAUGUUUCGCCGGGGCCUUGUGCAACAGAGUACUUUGAUCUCGAUGCUCGCAAUUGCCGCAUCCCGUGUUCUCUGUCUAUGUUUCAGGACCUGACACGGGCCUUCCCGUUCACUUGCUUAGCCGGUGCUCCGGCUACAUUGCACAAACCCGAGCGGUUCUCGGACUGGGUUGCCGCCGGAUGUGUAGGCCGGGCUCCGGCCCCUGACGAAAUCGUCACAGUGACCACCGACGGCUCCUAUAGUCCCACGACCGGUGCUGCCGGAUGGGCCGACGCGAUUGGGCCGUCUUUUGGGGACUCCAAUGCGUACUUGGCAGAAGUUGCCGCUCUGUUCUGGGGAGGUGUCGUUGCCUUUCGCUUGGCCAGCAGUGCGAUGUGGCUCUUCCGAGCUGAUAACAUUAGUGCUCUUCUCGGCGUCUCCGGGGCCAAUGCACUGCAGCAACACCCUUUGUGCGCUGCUACUGCCGCUGUCCAUGCUGGCCUUGGCGUGCUUAAACGUGACACCCGGUAUCAGCAUGUCCUUGGACACGCUGCUGAUCCUGCUAAUGAAUUAGCUGAUGCGCUUGCAGGACGGGCAGCAAGCACGGGUUGUUCUCCAGCUCCACUUCUCUUUUCCUUGGAUGGCUGGUUCGACUCAAAUGGGGCCGCUUUCGAUUGGCUGCCUCACGUGUGUGCGACCACUGCACAGCCCCGUGCUCUUCCUGAUCUUCGCCAGGAUUGUCUGUCCUGGAGCCGCGAUUUUACUAUGUGUGCUGAUCCCGAUGCUUGCAUGCGUCCUUUCCUGCGCAACAUUCCUUCCACGCCAAGCGAACCCACUCGGCCUGUCCGUUCUGAUAUCUCCAUUGAGUUGGCCACUUUCAAUGUGUUAUCUCUCCUUGAUCCUGGCGCUUCUUCCCACGCUGCCGGUCUACAUGGGGCCACGGGUCGGGUUCGCCUCCUCUGCGAGUCUCUGGAUCAUCACGGUAUGCAUCUGGUUGGUUUGCAGGAAUGCCGUACUUUCCAAGGUACCGCACGUUGUUCCGGGUUCGUGCGGCUUGCCUCUGGGCGCGAUGACAAUGCCUGCUUUGGCGUGGAGCUUUGGAUUAGGGACGGUUCCCCUUUCGACUCACGAAAGGCUGUUGUGUUACAUGCGGAGCCUACGUUUCUGAUCGCCAGCCUUUCGCUUGCCGGGGAGCCCGUUAAGGUUCUGGUGGCACACGCGCCCCAUCGCGCCCACACCGAAGAUUUCCGAAAGCAAUGGUGGGAGCGUGUAUCCAAGGCCUGCGCGACACAUUCCCGUGCAGCACAUUGGAUUGUCUUAGCAGAUGGUAACUGCCGUCUUGGGGAAAUCACCUCUGCUGAGAUUGGGGAUCACCAUCCUGACCAGGAGGAUUUAAGUGGUUCCCUGAUGCGUGAUCUGGUGUCGAGUUUGCAGUGCUGGCUUCCCGCCACUUUCUCCCACUCUGCUCGGGGUUCUAGUGGUACUCUAUACCAGAAAAGGAAUGGGGCAUUCGUACGAUCUGACUAUGUUGCCAUACCCCUUGCCUGGAGCUUGUCCCAAUGUGUUGCACAGGUGCAGCCAGAGAUCAGCACUGGCCACUCCGUUUUGGACCACUUCGCAGCCACCGUUUCUCUUCGUUUGCGCCCCAGAGUCCCCGCUAUCCGGCGGCCCCCUGUCGCCAGAAUUGACCCGGAGGCGCUUGCUGAGCCCGAGAACCAGGAUCGUAUACGGGCCAUUAUUUCCUCCGCGCCGCAUGUGUCAUGGGAUACGGAUGCCAGUGAACAUGCUGCUAUCCUGGCCGAGCACUGGUAUCAAGGUCUUGUCUCGGCUUUCCCUUUGCCUCGUCGACGUAUGCGAGGCCGACACUUUUCUGAGGAAACAUCUCGACUCCAUGCGGCGGUCUCCCUGUUGCGCAGGUCGGUUCGAGGACGCAGCCGCGUACUCCUCCUUAGCAGACUCCGCUGUGCUCUGCUUGCCUGGAAGAGUCAUAAGGAUUUCAUGGAUUUCUUCACCGGUCGAUGGCUCUGGCGGCUUCAGGUUAGCCGCGCCCUUGACUACGUUCUUCUGCAUAGGCAUGGCCCAGCCCUGCGUCGGAGCUGCAGGCGUGACCGCAGUGAUCACUUUGCAACCCUUGCUGAGCGUAUUGCUUCUGCCCCCUGUGCCGAAGUUCACCAGGAGGUUCGUCGCGUUCUUCGGCCUCAGAAAUUUCGUAAGGGAGGUCCUGAGCCCCUACCGAUGCUCCAUAAGGCUGAUGGUCACCCCUGUGCUUCCCAUGAAGAAAUCGCGACUGUAUGUCGAGAUCAUUUUCGCAGUCUCGAAGCAGGCCAGGAGGUUGCCGCCAGCCAGCUUGCCACUGCGUGUUCCCAGCGGCAACAAGCAGUGGAUGGAGCGGACGUGGUUCCAUCCGCUUUGGUCCCCACAUGGGCCCACUUGCAUGCUGCUUUUCGGGCGACGGCUCCGCACAAGGCGCAAGGCCCCGAUCUCCUUCCCCCAAUGCUGUGCACCCUCUUCAGUACCACGCUUACUGAAGCAUUCUGGCCAGUACUUCUCCAGACAGUGCUGCGUUCUAACGAACCGGUAGGCCUCAAAGGAGGCGUCAUGCAUCGGAUCUCGAAGCCGCCAGCGGCUGCUCAUACCACGGCAGGAUAUCGAGGGAUCCUAGUGCAAUCCUGUCUUUCGAAGGUCCUCCAUCGAGCCACCCGGCACUUAGCUGUUGCUCACUGGAACAAGCACAUAUUGCCCCUCCAACUUGGAGGGCGUAAGGGAUGCCCGGCCGCAUUCGGUCACUUUUGUUCUCGUGCCUUCCUAGCAUAUGCCCGUGCCACUGGCCAGACAGCUGCCAUUCUCUUUGUUGAUAUUGCUGCUGCCUACUAUGGCGUUAUCCGCGAGGCUAUCUUCGGAGCCCGUGAGGACCAACCCAUAGAGGUUCUGGCUGCUUCGCUUGGCCUCUCCCGCGCGGAUCUUCAGCAGGUGCAUGUUUACAUCACGGAGGAACCCGUCCUCCGAGAGCAAGGUGCGCACGAGCUGUUCUGUGAGCUCGCCUCAGAACUGCACGCCAAUACGUGGUUCGUAUUGGCAGGUGACUCCUCUCUUAUUGAGACCAAGCGUGGUACUCGUCCCGGCGGCUCACUCGCUGAUGUGAUCUUCAGUAUGCUCUUCUCGAAGGUUUUGCACCGCCGGGAUCAGUGUUCUGAGCGGGGUAGCCUUGUGCCGCGCAUUCCCUGGCAUGGAUGUCGAGCGCCGCGUGGCUCUCUAGCUCACCAUGCAGCGAUGCAUGUUGAUGCCAGCGAUGUUGUCUAUGCUGACGACUUGGCCAGUUUCCUUGUUUGUGCUUCCGCUGCUUCUCUCCCACGGGCUAUCUCUGCCGCCGCUGCAGACACUAUUGACGUUCUGCUUCCGCAUGGGCUGAAUGCCAACAUAGGCCCUACUAAGACUGCUGCUAUUGCCGCCCCUGUUGGCCGCGGCUCCAGAGCGGUUCGUGGCCAGUUGUUUCAUCAAAGCAAGGGCCGAUUGGUAGUGCUUCCGGAGAACCGUGGCGCUUUCCGGCUUGAUUUGGAGGGUAAGCAGCGACUCUUCGCUUGCAAGUCCAUUCCCCUAGCCCGCAGGGCUACCUUGUUCCGAUCCCAUGUCCUCGGGACCGUCCUAGCAGGGGUUGGAACCUGGCCUUUUCUCAACGGGCAAGAGUGGGCCGCAUUCUCGGGAGGGAUCACUAGCCUGGUUCGCCAGCUCUUGUGCUUGCGGACCGAGGGAGGAUUUAGUUGCUCCCACAGCCAGAUUUUCUGUCGUGCCGGGCUCCCUCUGCCUCAGGAUUUGCUACACAUGGAGCGUUUGCGUUUCCUUGGGCAGUUAGUCCGGCAUGGACCGGACUCUGCCUGGGCCCUUCUGUCCUGGUAUUGCGGGUUUAGGCAAGCCUUAACCGCCGCGUCGACAUGGCUCCUACAGGCCGUUCGGUCUACAUGCCCCCUUGGCAACAUUGACGAGGACUGGAUUUCCUGGGAGAAGCUGAUUCGCGACUCGCCAGGCCGCUGGAAAUCCCUCAUCAAAAGGGCCGGUCAAUGGCAUCUGGUCGCAACUUGCCAGGCUGCCGCUUUGGAGACCUUUGCGCGUGCUUCGUGGCCUGCUGCUGUUCCCACGCAGCGGCCUGAUGUGGCGACAUGUGUUCAUGCAUGUUUGCGGUGUAGGGUCGCCUUUCACACCCGGCAACAGUGGGGUGCUCAUGCACACCGAACGCAUGGAUAUCACUCUCGGGCGCAUACAGUAGCACAGGGGCGGCGAUGCCAGGCUUGUGGCCUCCUGGUUGCCUCAGAGGCUCGUCUUCGUACGCACCUCCGGCUUAGUCUCUCCUGUGUUCAGCGCUUGGAUGCCAGUGGUGGCAUAGCGUCCUUUCCUCCCGAAGGCUCUUCUUCACACCCGCAAGCGCCGGCCCAGCCUGGUAUUGGGAAGCGCGCUCUUGGGCCAGCGAGUGUUGAAACCCUUCCCCCUCUUGCGGCUGCGCUUGAUGAACUGGCCAAUGCUGGUGGUGUGACGGACCAACGUAUCUUCGAUACCAUUGUGUCCUUUAUGGCGCCUCUUCCAGUCCUGCGGAGCACGCUUACCCUAUGGCUCGACUCUGUCCAUGACCCAGACAUUGUUGCUGCAGCCAGGGAUGUGUUGCUUGUCUUGCACCCAGAACACCUGUGCGACACCGUUGCCGGUGGGCUGCCACCUACGGCCGUUUCUGAGGAAGUCUACCAUCCGUCGGUUGUCCCUCUGUCUCUGGCCUUGCCACUUUCUGCAGGUUCCUUGACCUUUGUUGGUCGCAAACCUUCUGCCGUGGCUUGGGCCAGCAGCUUCUCUGCGCUGUCGGCUGCACCUGUGGAGUGGUCCUUUGAGCAAUUACAUGCGGGCUUACCAGCUGGUACCGCUGGGGUCUUCGUGGAAUUCCCUGCACUCCCUGCCGAUUGUACGUCCAUCUUCUUCCCCCCUGCUUGCCCUCUCAAGGUGUUCCGGCAACUUCGGGAAUGGACCGACUCGGCGCUUUCCGCGCUCGGUGCUUUGCUGGCCUUUGCGCGAACGGGUCGCCCUGUGGGCCUCGUCUUCCCCAUGCCCCGAUACACUCUGGAGCCACUGGCCACUUGGCUCCUUGGUCUUAAGGGGGAUACCGAAGACCUUGAGCCCUUUCACUGUUUCACUGCUGAAUUCAUUGAUGUACAGAUGCUUUAG